AUGUCGGCCCCUCUUGAGAUACAAGAAAACACCAUUCUGGUGAUACUGGGCGCUUCAGGAGAUCUUGCAAAGAAGAAGCUGUUUCCAGCACUCUUUGGCCUCGAACGAAGAUGUCUCCUUCCCACCGACUUCAAGAUCGUAGGUUUUGCCCCGGAUGAGAUGACCCAUGACAACUUCCUCUCCAUCAUCAGAUCGCCCAUCAACCUCGAGAGUCCGCGUUUUGCAGAGCAACUGGAGCAAUUCUGCCAAAGAUGCUCUUACGUAUCCGGCCAUGAGGGAGGUGAAAAGUCUUUUCGUGCUCUCCGGAGGAGACUUGAGCAGCUUGGGACAGGAAAGAAAGAGCAGAAUCGUCUGUUCUAUAUGGCGUUGCCGCCGAGUAUCUUCACGGGCAUGCAAGAGGGUUUGAGGAAGCACUGUUAUUCUGAGAGAGGUGCGAGCAGAAUCAUCAUCGAGAAACCCUUCGGCCACGACCUCGAAAGUUCACGAGAACUACAGCGGGCCUUGGAUCCCAACUGGAGGGAAGAUGAAAUCUUCCGCGUGGAUCACUAUCUCGGAAAAGAAGUCGUAAACAACCUUCUCGUAUUGAGGUUUGGAAACGAGAUCUUCGGGGCCAUUUGGAACGCCAGGCACAUUGAUAACAUCGAGAUCUCAAUAACAGAAUCUGGAGGAGCAGAAGGUCGAGGCAGCUACUUUAAUGGUGUAGGAGCUAUUCGAGACGUGAUGCAGAACCAUCUAACGCAGAUACUCGCACUGCUCACAAUGGAGCGACCGAGAUCCUUCUCAGCGGAAGAUCUGUGCGCCGAAAAGGCCCGAGUCUUGGACUGGAUGCUACCCAUCGAGUACGUCAACACCAUCAUUGGACAGUACGAAAAAUCCGAAGAUGGCGAGAAGCCCGCUUUCAAAGACGAGGAAGACGUCCCCAAUGACUCCAGAUGCGCCACCUUCUGCGCAGCAGUAGGGCACAUUGAAAAUGAGCGAUGGGCGGGGAUUCCGUUUUUGCUCAAAGCUGGCAAAGCUCUCAACGAAUCCCUGACCGAAAUCAAAAUCCACUUCAAACCCUCCACUAACGCUGCAAUCUUCACCACCGACCCGCUCGCCAGCAACACAAUGACCAUCCGCGUCCAGCCGUCCGAAGGCGUCUUCCUAAGCAUAAACACCUUCGUCCCAUCCCUAACCACCCAAAAAACCUCAGCCAUGGACCUCGACCUUACGUACCACGGCCGCGAAAUACCAGAAGCAUACGAAGUGUUGCUGCUGGACGCGCUGAAAGGGGAUAAGGCUCGAAGUGUGCGGGGAGACGAGCUAGAUGCGAGUUGGAAGAUCUGGACGCCGCUGCUGCAUUUUCUCGACGAUGAGAACGCGGAGGUGAGGCCGAGGGAGUAUGCUUAUGGCUCCAACGGUCCCGAAGGCUUGGGCGAAUUCAUAGCGUCGUAUCAGAAUCGAAAGUCGAAAGCAUCCGAGUGGGGAAGUGAUACUGGAGGAUCAUUCCGUGAGGAAACUUCCCAGACGGCGAACUCGUCGUUGACAACGAACACGAAAGAUGUGCCUCCUUGA